AUGGUGGUGCAGUCUCGCGUUACCCAAGAGGAAAUUAAGGAGCCGGAGAAACCGAUCGAUCGGGAGAAAACAUGGCCGCUGCUACUGCGUGUUUUUACCACCAAUAAGGGCCGCCGCCACCGAAUGGACGAGUUUUCCCUCAGAAACGUACCGUCCAGCGAGCUGCAGAUCUACACUUGGAAGGAUGCAACUUUGAAAGAAGCUAGAAAGAAGGGCACACACUUCAAUUUUGCAAUUGUUUUUACAGAUCCUAAAAGGCCUGGCUAUGGAGUAAAGGAGAUUGGCAGCACCAUGUCUGGGAGGAAGGGGACUGAUGACUCCAUGACCCUGCAGUCACAGAAGUUCCAAAUAGGAGACUAUCUGGACAUAGCAGUCACACCUCCAAAUCAGGCACCACCUCCCUCAGGCACAUGA